GCCUAGGAACCCGCAUUAUGGGAUAAGUUACAAAAAUGUGUUCUUAGCGCGAAUCAUAAUUUUGUGCCAAACUCUUUUGUUAGCUAUCAAGUGCCAAAUUUUAUAUUGAAUGCGUAAAAUAAGUGCCAAUUUACAAGAUGGAUGAGAGACAUUGGUGGAUUGCUAGUAAAAUUCAGGAAAGUUUCCACAUUGGUGGAUUCGAUAAUCCUACUAUGUUAGAAGAUUUUCUGUGCCAACCAAAAACUUUGGAGACUAUCAAUGAUUUCCUAAGGGCUGGUGGAGAGACAACUCUAAUAUUCUACUGCGAAAAGCCAGUGUCAGGAACAAGAACAACCAGAGAACUUAACCUUGCCACCAGCCUAGAAGAUAUCAUUCAAGUUCCAAUGAAUGAAACAAAUAUUAUUUAUUUUCUAAGAAGUAGAACAGAUAAUGAUGUAGAUAUGAGCUAUAUGCAAAAAGAUAUAUUUUGUGGAGAGAUUAAGGGAAGCAUACUAGAAACUUUAAAUUACUCGAUGGGAGAAUUAUUUCUUCCAUUAUUAAAAGAGAAAAAGGAUUGGAGCGAUUGUUCUAACGACAACAAAUCAGUUCUUUUUCACAACUUAGAUAGAGUUAUGGGCAUAAUUCGAGACAGUUCGGUACAUUCUCAAACUACAAAGCAAAUGGUUUUAAAACGACCUGAAAAUAUAGAAACGACGGACUUUAAACAGCAGAGAACCAUUGCUCAAGAUAGUAAUGCUGUUGCUAGUUACGAGGCCUUAUUAGCCGAAUGGAUAGCCACAAGUGAAGCUGUAUUGUCUGACGCUAGAGUUGAUAAGCAUUUUGACCCAACUUCCGGUCCUCUAGCUGAAUUAGAAAGAUGGCAAAGACGACAAAGACUUGUAGGAAGUAUAACGGAACAGUUAAAAAGUAAAGAAUGUAAAUCAGUUCUUAGUGUUCUGAUUGCUGCCAAAUCCAGAAUGUUGAAGAAAUGGAAGCAAAUUGACGCCGCGGUUACGGACGCCGUUAAUGAAACUAAAGAUAAAGUAAGAUUUCUCGAAUCUCUAAGAAAACAUCUAGAAGGAUUCUAUGCGGACAGUACACCUUAUUCACUAAUGACAAAUGUUCUACCCGCUCUCUUGACAACCUUAAAGCAAAUGGAAUCCGUUUCUAGGCAUUAUGCUAGAACCGGAUAUCUAGGCCUACUCUUGAGCAAAAUAACGAAUCAAAUUGUUACAAUAUGCAAGAAUUACAUCAGUGAUUGGACCAUGACAGAUGAUGUAGAUUGUUUCUGGAAAGUUAUAGAGAAAGAGAUAUUCGGAACGAAUCAAGCAAUUCCGGAGGAUGUUAGACAGCUUAUAAGUGAAUACGGUGAAAAUUUAGAACCAUCGGAAAAAAAAAUAACUAAAAAGGAAAAACAGUCGAGGACAAAGGAGACUAACGGGGAAAAAAAAGGAUUUUUAGUUAGAUUGGCUAUCUGCUUUCAAUUGCAAAGAUAUUAUAGAGAUUUUCUGCAAAAAAUUCCGCAGGCUAUAAAUUAUACUGCUGCGCCUAUGUCAAAUUAUACAUCAAUGUCCAGUUUAGCUAUGAACUCGGCCACAGGAAAAUCAAGGCCUAGUGCUUCUGAUGCAAAAACUGGCCAGAGGAGUAGUGUAACAACAUCACCUAAUAAGCGAAAUGUAUUACUUGCUGAUCCUAACGGCAUAAAUAUACAGGAUGAGCAAAAUAUUCUUGCUCAUCUUGACUUUUUCUGUAUGAGAUUGCGUAAAGUUUAUGAUUUAACGGGAACAUUGUCCCAAUUCCAUAGGCUGAGAAUUUCAUCUAUGGGUUUACCUAAACCGUCUAUGGACGAGGUAGUUAUUGAUGAGAAAGGAAACGAAAAAGAAUACGAUAGAUACAGACAAGGAGGAGCGGAUAUUGUGACAAUUGAUGAUAUUACUAUACCAUCAAAUCCGGCAAAUUCUUUAAAAGCGAUAGUAGAAGACGACGAUGAAAAAGAAGAGGGCGAGAAUUCUCAAGGAAACGAGGCUGACGAAUAUUAUGAUGCCCUUCGUCGUCAAUCACCCACUCGGCUAACUCUAAAUGAAGCCGAUUUACUACAUGAGUUCUAUCCGCCAACUAAAGAUUUAAAGUUAUGCGACAGUUUCAACGAUGUCAUAAAUAACCAAUUUAGCAAGAUAGCCAAGCAAUUAGCUGAUUGUCUAAGCACACGAAUUAUUUUCGAUUUACAGAGCAAAGAUAAAGAUAGAUUUGAAUCGGCCUACUCCGAAUUUAAUUUUAAUAUAGAAAAGUUAGAGCUUCUCCUUUCGGCUUAUCUUAAAGCAAUAUUUAUGAGGAAGAUGGAAACUAGGGAAGCAUUACAACUAUUGUCAAAAUUUGAGUCUGUUCAAGAUCGAAUAAGUACCAGACUAGUUAUAUCGGAUAAAUAUUCCCAGGUUUUAUCAUGGUACGAAGAUGAUGUGGAUAGAAUUGGAGAAAUAUAUGAAGCAGAAAAAUCAAAACCACCCAUUGUUAGAAAUGUUCCUCCCAUUGCUGGAGCUGUCAGCUGGGUUAGACAGCUGCUUAAUAGAAUUGAACAGCCUAUGAAUAUUUUAAGUUCAAAAAGUGCUGUUAGUCAAUUAAGAGAAUUUAGGAGGAUAAUCAGGUCCUACAACAGAUUAGCAGAAACUCUAGUAACUUUUGAAAGUUUAUGGCUGCAGCGUCUAAAGCGUGACGUUGAAGUCGCUAGACGUCUUAUAUCUUCUCCAUUAUAUAAAGUUGAAGAUGGAGAAGUUGCUGUUAACCUUGAUCAAACUCUCUUUCAAACAAUGCAGGAAGUUAGAUGCCUGAAAAGACUCAAGAUACCUUUAACUGAUCAGAGUAAAAACCUUUUAGAGUAUGAAGAACGAUUUAAGUAUUAUAGAGAUCAGCUUGAAUUAUGCAUAUCAGACUUUAAUGCAGUUAAGAGUCUUAUCCCGGAUCAUUUAUUAGGACUAUUUACGCCUCAUAUUGAUGAAUGUAAAGCAUCAUUCCAACCAGGUUUCGCAACAGUUACCUGGACUAGUAUGAAUAUCGAUGCUUUUCUACAUCAAACUCAUAGGGCUAUAGAAAAAUUAAAGGCCCUGUGUAAAAAAGUUCAGGAUAUAAUGGAUCUAAAAGUGGGCGGAGCCAUGCAAACAAUUCAACAAAUGGUUCUAUUCGAUUAUAAAUUAGCGUUUGACAGGUGUUGGCCACCAAAUGAAUUUACAGCUGCUAUUGUAAGUUCUAUACAAUCUAAGGGACAAAGAUUACACGAUUUAGUUACGACAAUGGAAACUGGAAUAAAAGAAUGCGCAAAUCUAUUAACAAAGAGUAAACCUAAUACUGCAAGAAGUACAUCUUCUCAUCAAUCUAGCGGUGAUAUACCAUUUUCUGUACAAAAACAAACUAAAGCUGAUCAAGCGGCAGAAGAAUUAUUAAAUUCGUAUGUUGAAGAAUUAUAUAUAGUCGUUGAAAAAGCGAUAUUGAGAUCGUUACUUAUACUGGCCGAAUCAUCUGGUUGUGAUCCAGAUGUACUUAGAUCUGAAACACCCGAUUCGUUUGACUCACCGUUAUCUAGUCGAAUAUUACGGGCUCAAAGCGCAAGAAGCUGUAGUAGACCUACAUCGGUUUUAUCAGUUCUCUCGAAUAUGACUUGGACUACAGAAGAAGCCGCAAACGUAACUUAUUUGCGGUUUAAUGUGUCCCUUAACUUCAAUAUUCCCACAAUAUCUAUUGAGCCUAGAUUGGAAUAUAUUCAAUCGAGUCUGAUAACCGUUGCUCGGGCUAUAGUUAAUGUAGCUUCGGGUAUAGUCUGGUUAGGAGGAGACAUGUUGGGAGAGAGGUUGCUCAGACGUCUACAAAAUGACAGUUGUGUCUCAAAGAUAUUGGCUCAUUUAGGAGGUGUUAUGGGCCAUUUAGAACCCACUGUCCAACAGCAUAUUCAGCAUUUGCAAAUGCAUGAAUUUUUAUGGAAAGACGACAUGGUCGGCAAUUACAAUGAGUUUGUGUCAUUCGAUCCAGGAGAUGAAGCAAUGAAAAGAGAGGUCGAAAGACUAUUACGUAUUGAGAAUCAGGUAUUAUCUAUCCCAGAGAGAUUGCCAGUUGGUUGUGUCCUACUCUCCACUAAUCCAGUCAGGGAUGCUCUCCACGGAUUUGCAAUGACUUGGAAACAAAAAUAUGCAUCUGCCCUUCAUGAACAAGCGAAGACAAAACUGGAUGAAGCCUUGCUCUAUAGAAACAAUGUUAGGAGAAGAUUAGAUGUAGAGGUCAUUAAUCUAGAUCAGUUGAAUACCACCCUCUGUCUACUAGAAGAGCUGAGAGAUAUGGAAAAUAAAAUAGACGCUAUUUAUCGACCAAUAGAAAAGAUGUAUACUCAACUACAGGAGUUCAACUUAAGAUUACCAAGGAGAGAAAUUGACGAUCUAACAUCCCUUCGCUCUGAAUGGAGCGACUUGCUAAAUUUAGCUGAAGAAGUUAGAAAUCGUUUACUAAAAGAGAGACGAAACAACUUUGAACAAGAACUUGACAAACAAGUCAAAAAUUUUGUUGUUGAAGUAAUGCAAUUUCGAAAUGCUUUUGAUGCACAAGGACCGGCUGUUCCUGGAAUAUCUCCAAUGGUGGCAGUUAAUCGACUAAAGGAUUUCCAAAAUCGAUAUGCCCUCUACGAGACGAAAAGAAAAACUUUAGAUUCUGUAUCGAAAUUAUUUGGCAUACCUUGCAAACCGUUCGAAGAGUUAGACAGAACGGGUGAAGAAUUAAAUCUUCUUGGUAUGCUGUAUGGGCUCUUUCAAAAGUUUAUAAAGUUUGACGAAGAAUUUCGGGAUACACUAUGGGCUGAUGUUGAUUUAAAAGGGGCCUACUCGACUGUUGAAGAGUAUUGGGACGAAUGCCUCGCCCUUCCAAGUAAAUUAAAGGAUUGGGACGCCUAUCACGAAAUGAAAACUGCUAUUAACAAUUAUUUAAAUAUUCUCCCGCUUCUUCAACGGUUAGCCACAAGAGAAAUCCGUAAUAGACAUUGGCUUCAGGUCAUGCAAGUGACUGGUUCCGCUUUUCAAUUGGAAGCAAAUGUUUUCAAAUUAUGCCAUCUUUUAGAUAUUAAUUUAAUUAAUCAUUCGGAUGCCAUUGAGGAAAUUUGUUACAAUGCCGCCCACGAACAGCAGUUGGAAAUUAGAUUAAAACAAACUGAGGACGAAUGGACUGAUCAAGUUUUAAUUUUCACUCAUUAUAAGAAACGCGGGAAUAUAUAUUUAGAUAAGAAACAUACAGAAAGAUUGUUAGAACAACUUGAUGAUAGCAAAGCUAUGCUUGCUAAUAUGCUUACCUCUCGCCAUGUUGGUCCUAUGAGAGAUGAAGCCGCAAAUUGGGCUGAGAAAUUAAAGCAGGUAUCUCUUGUUUUAGAAGAAUGGCUUGCUACUCAGGAUCUUUGGCAAUACUUGGAAGCCGUUUUCAGUCAAGAAAAAGCUGCUAAAGAAUUACCGCAAGAAGUUAAAAGAUUCACAAGAAUAGAUAAGGGAUGGACAAAAAUGAUGAAGAGAGCCGCCGAAACUCGUAGCGUUUUGCAAUGCUGCUACGGUGACGAUGUUCCCAAAGCAGCAGUUCUCCGUAACAUUCACGAAGAAUUAGAAAUAUGCUUCAAAUCUCUAACGAAUUACUUAAAUGCCAAGCGUCAAAUUUUCCCAAGAUUCUUUUUCGUUAGUGACUCAGUAUUGCUUGCUAUAUUAUCCAAACCCAAUGACCUUGAGUCGGCUCGACCACAUCUGAAGUCGAUAUUCUCUGGUAUUAACAACAUACUUGUAGAACAAGUGAAGGAAACGGAAAAAGAUAGAAGAUCCUCCAUGACGGAGCGCUCGAAUAGUAGACUUUCAACUUCUCCAUAUUUAAUGACCCAUUCAGAAACUCCCCCAAAAAUUGAUAAACGAUUGCACACCUUACAUACAGCUAGUCAUACUUCAACAGCAAACGUUCCUACUGCUCUACCAUCCGAAUUAAUGGCAGAUGAGAUUGUCAAUUACGAAGCAGUCGCCGUGACAAGUAUAGAUGGGGAACAUCUUAGAUUAAGAGACAGAGUGCAACUUGCAGAAGGUGUUGAAGUAUGGUUAAACGGAGUCGAAAAAUCUUGCUCUAGUCUCAUCAGGCAGUUACUAAUAGAUAUCUGCGAAGAUGCCCUAAGUGAAGGUUCAUGUGCUGAUUGGGCUUAUAAGUAUCCCGUACAAGUCUGUAAAGCAGGUUUACAUUACUUAUGGACUUUAAAUUGUGAGAAAAGUAUCACUGAUAUGAAAAUUGACAGAAAAUCAUUGGCAAAUGGUACUAAAAAGUUUGCUUCAUUAGUUUCGAAAAUACCAUCAACUUUAAUUAGAGGUUUUUGGAGGAAUUACGGUAAUGAGCCAAUUCGAGUAGUACAUAGAAGAAGAUUGGAAGCUCUUUGUUCUCAAGCACUCUUUUUGAAAGAUAUGUUUGAUGAAAUAGCUCGAAGAAAGAUUCGUGACAUUACCGAUUUUGAUUGGCGUAGGACCGUACGAUUUUACCUCUCUUAUACAGAUGUAGAACAGCGUUCUCCAUCCGUUCAUAUUCUAGAUGACCGACUAAUCUACGGUUGUGAAUUUUAUGGCUGUGAGUCGUUUGUUGGUCUAUCUCCUGCGACAGAUAAAGCAUUUUUCAACAUGUCGCAGGCCCUUAGUCGCUAUAAAGGGUCUCUAUUAUGCGGUGGACCAUCAUACGGUAAAACGGAUACUGUCAGGGGUUUUGCACAAAUUACCGCAAACUUUCUUGCAAUGUUUCAACUGAGCAAUAAAACAAGUACAGCAGCUUUUUGUAGAGUUUUAAGAGGCUUAGCAGUUUGUGGCUGUUGGGGUUUAAUUGAAGAUAUACAGUCCGCUUCACCAGGAAUUGUCAACGUACUUCUUGAUCAUGUCUCAAGUAUUCAAAGGGCAUUAAAAACUGCUGCAAAUUGCUGUAAUUUAGGAGAUGGACAAGAAGUAUCUUUAAAGCCAGGCACUGCUUUCUUUCUAACCUAUUCUACAGUCGAAACUCCUUUCGAUUCACGAGUACCAAAUCAAUUAAGACCCUACUUUAGGACAAUUAGUAUGCUAAAACCAGAUCCUAUAGUUGUGCUAAAGGCAAAGGCAUCAGCUUAUGGAUUAAAGUCACCGUCUAUAUUAGCCCAGAGAUUAUCCUAUUUCAACGAUAUAUGUUCCGAACAGUUUCCCGAUGAACCUCAGAGUCGUUUGAGCUUGUCUGCGCUUAUAUCAGUUCUACAGUGCGCUGGUCAACGCUUACAAACUCUUAGAUUGGAAAAGGAACGCUCAACGGAUGAUAUGAAGAGUGCAAGAUUGGAUAUGGGUUCAAGAUCAAAUUCUCAAUUAUCAAAUCCAAAUCAGCAAGGUUCGUUUAGAGUUCCGAUCCCUCCUGGUAAUACUCCUCGUUCCGUAUCCGCUACUAAUCUAACGAGUAUUUCGAACGUGUUUGAGGAAACUUACGACACGAUAAAAGUAGUUGAGGAUCAAUAUAAACCUAAACUCUCCAAACCAAUUAGACAGGCGUUAACCUUUAUUAAUUUGCCGAAGCACCUAAAAAUUCUAGGAUACUCGAAUCAGUUUUUUGAAUUUCAACCUAGGGAACCACCGAAGAGAAAAAUACCGCCCCCUUUUGAGUGCGAAUGGUCAAAAACAGAAAAUAGAUACUAUUUAAAGCCAAUUUACAAACCUAUUUAUCUUUCUCAGAAAUCAUCUCUAAAAACAACACAACCAAGUCAGUUAACCAUAAAUCAGGGAAGACCAGGGGCAGCCCUUUCAGAAAAGAGGAGAAGUACUCCUAAUUCUCUUACGCAGGCUGCCAAAGCAGAUCAUGCUCUUGUCGGUCAAUGUAUGAACGAAUUAAUAGUUGGAAAAUAUUCACCGGAGCACGCAGGGGUUGUUUCGUUUUUGAUAAAAGAUAUAUUUAGCGGUCUACCGGAACCACCUAAAAAUAUUCCAAUGAAUUCAGCAGGUGAGCCUAUUGUGAAAGCAGUUGAAAGUGUUUUAAGAGAGGAAGGAAAAGUUGCUUCUGGUAUCUUCUUGGAUAAGUGCAUUAAAUUUUAUCAAAUUUCCUGUGUUCAACAAGGCAUAAUUGUUUGUGGAUCGGCGGGUAAUGGUAAAUCCACAGUCAUAUCCUCUGUUAUAAACGCACUUUCCCAAACUAAACCUGAUGGAGAUUCAGUUGAUACCAGUCAUAAAUUCAUUCAGCUAUAUCCAUUAGUUACAGACCAGUUACAACUGAUACUGGGCUCGUUAAAUAAGGAUGGAGAAUGGGUUGAUGGAGUCUUAACGAACACUUGGAAGAAAAUAAACCGUAAUCAAUCAACUACAUGGUUAUGCUUGGAUGGGCCAAUAAGAUCAAAUUGGGCAGGAAUUUUUAAUACUGUUCUAGAUAGUACACAAAGGAUGACUCUACCAACUGGAGAUGAACUUUUUAUGUCAUCAAACGUUCGAGUAAUAUUUGAAACGGAUGAUCUGUCCAAUGCUGCUCCCGCUAUUGUUUCCAAGUGUGGUAUAGUUUACGUAGACCAUGCAGCAGUUGGUUGGAAACCUUUAGCUAAAGCCUGGCUUGAAAACAGGUCUCCUCAAGAAUCGACUGUUUUAUCGAAGGCUUUCAACAAGACUGUCGAUCCUGUCUGUAAUUUCAUUUGUAAUGACUGUAAACCUCCCAUUAGAUUAACCGAUUCGGGUAUGUUUGCAACAACCUUACAUCUACUCUCUGCAAUGCUGGCAGAUAAUAUAGAAAUUGGCGGUGACUUACAUAUUGAAAGAUUAUUCAUAUUCUGCCUUAUGUGGUCAUUUGGAACGUUCCUCGAUCAAAAAGAACGUAAGCAGUUCUCCGAACUAUUAACGACCUUAACAACGUCACUUCCGGAUGAUGAUAGAGAUAUCUGCGUUUUCGACUAUUACGUAGAUGACAGCGGUGAAUGGGAUCCUUGGACUGCCAGAGUACCGGAAGUAGCUCCAUUAGACCAUGUAAAUUUACUACAAGAACCUUUUAUAGACACUAUUGGAACUAUACAAACUCGAAUGCUUCUUGAUUUUGCUGCUCAAAAUGGUCAGAAUGUUCUCCUAAUUGGACCUCCAGGCUGUGGCAAGAGUACAAUGAUGGACGAUUAUCAAUCAGCACUUGAAUCAGCUAAAAGUAUUAAUAAAAGAAUCGUCUUUUCUGGCUCAUCAACAGCUUAUCAAUUCCAACAAUUUAUCGAAUCAAAUAUUACACAUAGGCAAGGAUUUGUAUAUGGUGCAAAAGAUAAUAAGUUAUUUAAACUGUUUAUCGACGACAUCAAUCUACCGCGCCCGGAUGAAUAUGGCGUUGUUCGUCUCUCAGAGUUAACAAGACAAAUUGUCGACUCAAAACUCAUGAUUACUCAAACUUCCCCGUUUGAAUGGAGGACCGUGGAAGGUUUAAGUGUGCUGGCAACGAUGAAAAUAUCUAAACAGCCAUCGUUCAAAAAUAAACCCCUUGACUCUCGUCUAAUGCGUCACUUUUGUGUACUUAACUUUCCAGACAUGGGUGAUGAAGCGUUAAAAACUAUCUUCAGAGGAGUAUUAGAAUGCGUUAUGCUUCAAAAUGAUAAGCCUGGUCUUGAUAUCGAAGUUUACGACAGGAUUGUUCAAGCUUCUUUAACAAUUUACAAUGAAGUAAGCAGUGUACUAAGACCAUCUUCACAGCCUGGAAGAAACCAUUAUCUCUUUACGCUAAAGACCAUGACAGCAAUAUUCUCCAGUCUGAAGAAAAUGGCUGAUGAAAGUAGGGAGGACGAAUUAUUCAUUGUUAGCCUAUGGAGGCACGAAACAGAAAGGAUUAUAAAAGAUAGUUUAGCUCGAUUUUCUGAUAUAAAUUGGUUUGAUGAAGUUUUGAGCAGAGUUUUUAGCGAAGUUUGGACGGAAUUAAAAGAAGAAGAUUUACAUUCCCAUUUUGUUACUUUCCCAAUUGAAAGUAGAUCUUUUCAACAAAUUCCAGCCAGAAAGGAACAAUCUACCGCAAUGGGAUGUAGUUUACUACCCAUUCAAAAUUUGACUGACGUUCACGCGUGCCUUCAAACUCACUUAAAUCGUUAUAACGAAGAGCUGGGCAAUGUUCAAUUGGACAUGAUGCUAUCGGAAAACAUAAUUGCCCAUGUUGUGAGGUUGCAUAGAGUACUAUCGCAUCAGAAAGAUGCCAAUAUCGUAUUUGUUGGACCUAUUGGAACACAUCUAAGUACCCUAUGUCGACUCGCACUUCAUAUGAAUGAGUUAGAAAUACAUCAGAUGGAUACAUCUAAAUCUACAACCUUUAUGGAUGGCUUAAGAAGUGCUAUAAGAAUGACAGGCGCAGAGGGUAAAGUGCUAACAAUAUUUUUAGAUGGAAGACAAUUAACAAAUGAUCAGUAUUUAGAUGCUAUAAAUUCAGUAUUAAUAUCUGGGGAAUAUCCUCACUUAUUCUCUAAUGAUGAAAUGGAUGGUUUGCUGCAGGCUUUGCAACCCGUUAUGAAAAGAGAAUUACCUCAUUCCAGCGCCAGCUUACACGAUUAUUUUGUAUCAAGAGUUAAAUCAAAUUUACAUAUUAUUUUAUGUUUACCACCGUCGCAUAGUUUAUUGGCAAGUGCGAUUUAUGAUUUCCCUGGACUAUUCUCUCAUUGUCAAGUAAUAUGGCUUAACGAUUGGCCUAAGGCUGUUCUAUUGGGUGAUGCCAACUAUUAUAUCCAUAAGAAUAAAGUAUGCGAAAAUUGCUCAUCAGAGUUAACAAGUAGAGUUGUAACAACUUUAGCAAAUAUGCAUUCGUUUGUCCUUGAAGAGUGUGGCCAAAUGAAAUGGGCGGGCAAUACAAAUCCUCAAAUACAAGUCAAAGAGAUAAAGUUUCAAGAAAAGAAGAAAGAACAAAUAAAAGUUACAGAUAAGAAAGUUUCUAAUAAACCAUACUCGAAAUAUCUUUUAAUAGACGCCAUCAAGAGAAAGCAGAAAUUAGCUUUCGAAAGUCAACCUCAUCACGUCUUUGUUGGCCCAACAACUUUCCGUAGAUUUUUGGAUACAUUUCAUCAGUUAUUGAAGCUUAAAUCUACAGAGAGAACCGAAAAAGUUGCUAAAUUGGAAAAGGCUUUGUCUACUUUAGAUCAAACGAGAAAGGAUGUAAAAAAGACUAAGGCUGAUAUUAAACAAGUAUCUCAACAAUAUGAAGCGGCUAAAGUCGAAACAACUGAUUUAUUAAAUAAUUUAAUUAGGAAAGCAACCCUAUUAGAAAAGAUAAAAGCUAAAGUUCUCAAACCAAGCGCAUUGUUGGCUUUCUUACAAAUGUCUGAUGAUGAAACUGUUCACGAUAGCGAAGUUGAAGAGGACGAAUUACUAGAACAAGCAUCCAAAGACGAAAGAGAUACUUAUGAUGAAGAAUUUGAAAAGCUUCGAGAAGCAAAUCUACGAUCUAGGGAGGUAAAGGCCCACGAAGAAUUACAAGUAGCUGAAAAGAAUUUGGCAAUUUGUCAAGAACAAUUGGAAAAUGCCAGAAAGCAAGUAAACGUUUGGCGUAGUAAAGUAGAUAGAAGUACAAUUGACAGAUUGAAAGCUUUUCAAAAUCCAACCAUUCUUGUUGGACAAGUUAUCGAGAUGGUUAUGAUAUUAAUUGGCAAAAGACCACCAACAAUGAGAUUAGGAGAUAGACCAGAUUAUCCAAAGGAUGAAUCUUCCACUAGGUUUUCAGCAAGUUCUAGUUCAACAAAAAUGACAAAUCCACCUCAAAGAUUAAAACUUAAGAAACCUGAUUUGGAACAAUCUUCAAGUGGAACGGGAGGCAGAUACGAUAGGACUACUUGGAAACAAUUGCAACAAGCUAUGAAUGAUUCCCCGAAAUUUGUUGAUAUGCUCCACAACGUCAGAUGGGAGGAAGGCAUACCGGAUGAUGUAGCUGCUGCUGUUGAAAGCUAUUUUGCUAAAUCGGCUGAUGGGAAAUUAGGUGGUGAAGGUUCCACUAUGUUGGAAAAUGCAAAAGAUAAGACGUUUGUCGCUCAGAGAAGUACCUCUCCAGAACCAAAGGGGAUUACAGUCGCCGCUGCUAAAUAUUCGUCGGAAGAUGCUGCCACCCUAGUUGAAUACACUCUGGCAAUUAUCGAAUUUAAUAGAAGAUGUGGACCAUUAAAAGCCGCUAUAGAUAAGCGUAAUGAAUUAGUAUUGGAAAUUGAGGAGAUGGCAAGAGCUGCCAAGGAAAAGUCAGAUUCUGCAAAUGGGAAAGAAAAGGACGAAUCUGAGGAAAGAGAUACAGAGAAGACAUCAGAGGAGGUGUACAAUGAAGAAGCUUUGGCCAGAGUUCAAAGUGAAGUUGAUGAAAUGCAGGAGAAGUUUGAUUCAACGAUCGAGAAAAAGCAUGGUCUAGAAAUAGAGUUGAGUUCAAUGAAAGAUCGUUUAAAAGCUGCUACUGAUCUGCUUGAAUCUAUAAGAGAUGUUGAACGAACUUGGAAACAAUACGUAAAAGAAUAUUCCUCUAAUGAUAUUCUCCUUUGCAAUUGUAUAGUAGCCGCAGCUUGCUUAGUAUAUUGUUCCCCUCUUGACAUUGAUGGUAGAUCGAGAAUGGGAACAUUCUUUAUGACAAUAUGUCGUCACAAUGAUUUACCAACCUCAAGUAGAGUUCUACUUGAAAAUGUCAGCUUACACAACUUCCUUUUGGAACCUUACGUUGAUAUUAAAUGGAAAAGAUCAGGAUUACCCUAUUCGCCAUCAGCUCUUGACAGUAGUUGCCUUAUAAUUCACGAUCAUUUAACUAAUUCGUGGCCAAUGCUGUGCGAUGUAUCUGCAAGAUCACCAUCUUGGCUAGAAACUUUUAUCAAAUCUAAUGGUCAAAAGUUGACAACUGUUCGGUAUUGCGAUAUUAAAUCACAGUUGGAAACAAGUUUAACGGAUGGCUCGGCACUUUUAAUCAAAGAUGUAGAUGCUGAUGAGAUUAUAUCGGAUAAAAGGUUUUCAAAGUUAAUAUUAGCUAGAAAGCGUUUUACAGAAUCAACUAGUCCAUUUAAAUUACAAGUUGGACGACAUGAAGUUGAAUGCCGUCCUUCUUUUCGCCUCUUCUUACACACGACAACUGAACCUUCAAAGUUACCCUCUGAACUGUCAGCUUAUGUUACUGUUGUUAAUGUCAGCGACACUAGAAUGAACAUUGAGGAAGAAUUAUUAGAUAGAUUCACCCGUUUGGAGAAAACUAGAUUGUGGACCGAACGGAAUCAAUUACUAGAUGAACGUCUUGAACAGCUAGAGAAAAAGAAGAUACUCGAAGAAGAUAUUAGCUGUCAUCUGGCGUCUGGUACUCGUCUACUUAGCGAACUAAAUCAUAUUAGGAAAAUUGCUGAAUUAAAGAAACAUUUAGAUGAAACAAAUGAAACAAUGUCGAAGAUUGAUCAAAACGAUGAAGGCGUUAACAAAGGUAGAGAAGUUUACAGGGUUAUUGCUCGUCGAGCAGCUGUUUGCUAUGAUGUAGGCCAACACAUGGCAGUUUUGAAAGCGUUUUAUCGCAUGUCUUGGAAUCAGUUUGUAGAGAUAUACGAUAGUGCUAUACUUCAUUCAGAUAGAUCGGCUGUUAACGUAAUUGUUGAACGAUUAAUGUGGAGUUGCUAUAGUUAUACGGGCAGGAUGUUGCUUGAAAAGGAUAGACACAUCUUUAGCGUUAUCUUAGCCUUAGAAGUUGAAGAGAGUUGUGGUCGUCUUGGAUUAGGGGAGAGAGAGUUCCUAAUAUCUCCACACCUUGGGUCAAUUACCAUGGCAAAAAUAGCUAGUCAAGAAGAAACUCGAGAACAUACAAAAGUUGGUCAGAUGAAAAAACCUUUUGAUUGGAUGAACGACGACGCGUACAAUAAUCUACAAAUACUCGCAGUCCACUUUCCUUGGUUCAGGGAUAUGUUUGAGCGAAUGCCUAGAGAUGGGCGAGAAACUCAAUGGAGAAGCUUGUGCGAAAAUGAGAUGGCGGAAAAUGUUCCGUUGCCCGAUAAAAUGGAUGAUGAAUUUACUCCAUUACAGAAAAUGUUGAUAGUGAGGGCCGUACGAUCGGAUAGAUUAUUACAACUCACUACCCUUUACGUAAACACAGUAUUGGGAAAACGUUAUACAGCUGAACCUCCAGCGGAUAUAGGAACGCUUCUUAGGACAUCAAAACCAGCCUCUCCGAUAGCUUUUGUUCAUAUAAAUGAAGAUGCCGAAAGUGCAGAAAAAGUAAUCAGAGAAUCAGCCUUGAAAAGGAAUAUAAAACUAACAACAUUGACAAUUUGCGGUCUAGAAAAAGGUCAAGAUAAAUCGAUAAAGAAACAAAUAGAAAAAGCUGUCAAUGAACAAUGUUGGAUAUUAUUAUUUUCAGCACAAAAUGGACCAAAACUAUUAGAUAAUCUAGCAACUUUCCUUCAAUCAAAAAAUCCGCCCGAAAGUUUCCGUUGUUUCGUAAUUGCACGCUACACGGAACAAUUACCCACUUCUUUCUUACACUCAUCCACAAGGGUAACUUUAGAUACUCCAACAAAUUCGAAAGUAACAAUGCAAAGAGCCCUGUCCAGCAUCGAAAGCUGCAUCAAUCGAAAUCAAACAAGACAAGAAUUGAACAUUGUCCUUCACAAUAUUAUUUAUUUAUACGCUGCUGUUAGACUGAGAGCUCAAUUCGGGGUUGCGGGCUUUGUUGAGGCUUCCUCAGCCCUGUCUGUCGAUAUCGGGGAUUUGAACGAACUAUUAUUAUAUGCAAUCAAUGAGUUUAAUGAUGGUUUACAGUGUCCCUUGCCGGAUGGUUCUCUCUUAAAUCGGUCACCAUCUUGGUCUGGUGUAAGAUUUGGUCUCAGUGAUGGCCUAUUUGGUCGUGCCAUUGGGCAUCCCUUGGAUUUGUCAGCGAUAUCGUCAAUGGUUGAUUAUUGGAUCAGUCCUAACGCAACGAAAAAAGACUUUGAGCCUCCUAGGAUAAAGUAUAGACCUCCUGCUAUGUUCUUUAAUCCGACUGCGAAAAUGCAACAAUUAAUUCAAUCUCUAGACGCAAUAAAUGUUCAGCACUUGGAAACUCCGGAGGCAUGUAAUAUUUACUCAUCAUCGGAACUCGUUCUGGCUAACGACCAAUAUGUAUUCACUCGUAUUAAUCUAAUCUAUGAUCAUAUGCCGUCCAGUCGCACUCUGUCUCACCUUGCCUUUCCCCGUCCACCAACUCCUUUGGAGGGAGCGCCAAUAGCAGCAAUCAGUCAAAGUGCCGCACAGCCAGCAGUUGCAGCUAGAACAGGAGUUUUCGCAUCAGCAUCGGCGGCUCUCGUAAAAAUGCGAAAGGAGAUUGAAUUAUGGGAGAUUUGUCAUACAUCUCUAAACAAAUUACCGAAGGGUUAUACUAGGGACUAUGUGAUUGAAAGAGCAAAGAAAAUUGGAGGUUUUACACCAUUUAAUUUAUUUAUUAUAAACGAAGUUGAGUUAAUGUUCAAGCUAUUAGCCGAGAUGAAAGUAUCGUUAAGUGCUAUAAAACAGGCAUGCGAAUUAUCUAGCUUUGGAGAUAAUCUAAAGGAAAAUCAACUUCAGAUUGCAUAUGAUUUAUAUAAUCAAUGCAUACCAGCUAUUUGGAGAAAGUUAGCCUAUGAAACCGCUCCACCACCCCACCAUUCAUUACUUUCUUGGAUAAAUGAUUUAAAUAACCGAUGUCAGCAUUUGGAUAAAUUAUUGGUUCUUGGACGAGAUAAAAUGCCUGCAUAUUGGUUAGGUGCUUUCUUUCAGCCAAGUUCGCUCUUUGCCGUCCUCAAACAUGAUUUCUACAAGAAAACUAGUAAUGAAAGAGCUGGCAAUAUAGAUAAAGUAAUUUUGCAGACCGAGGUGACCGCUAGAGAUAAAGAACAUAUUAGGGAACCUCCAGUAGAAGGAAUAUUUGUCUACGGAAUUUAUAUGUGGGGUUGUCACUACGAUAAAACAGCUGCUGAAAUGGUGGAUCAACCAUCCAGAAACUUGUGUUCCUCCCUACCAGUUUUACAUGUUACCUGUUGGAAUAAAAGUGACAAGCCUGUACUACAAGAUUCUAACAAAGCUAAUGAGCUUUAUUCGUGUCCGGUGUAUUCUUCUCGUUUGGCAAGGAAUAAUCCGAUCCUUCACGUUGAUGUCAGGAAGGAAGGUAUACCGUCCGCCAGAUGGCCUCUCCGAGGACUUCACGCUACAAUUAGACCAUAUUAA